AUGAAUAAUUUUCUUUGGACUUCUAGGAAAAAUACAAACAGAUCAGACAUUCAGAAAACAAUUGUUUGUUGUAGCUAUCUGUUGCCAAGCGGAACUCGUAGUGUACUGGCCACUGGCACAUUGGAUGGAUCGCCUACGCCCUAUGACUGGCAGUUCACUGACAUUUUCACUCUUUUCCUCCAAAGCGAAAAUAUUUAUGCACAUCUCAUUUCAAUUACUUUGUUCCAUUUAACAAAUAGUUCGAGGAUGUUACAAAAAUACUAUGGAAUACGGAGGCGGAUGCCGAGUACCAAGAUCAAACCAAAUAAGUUCUUUGUGAGGUACAAUUGCUAUUCCUUUGAUAUCGUAAACUUAGAAAAACAAGAUUAG